UUGGCAUGUUGCAAAUUUAGAGAUUCAAGACCGUUCAUUGUAUAGCAAUGACCCAACCCUUUUCUGGCAAUCAUGACAUUUUGAGUGGUUAGCAUUACCAAAAUCAAAGAACUCGAUUUUUUGGAGUUACAAUGUGAGGGAGUUGGCCUAUGAUGUUUCGGUUGAUGUGUUUUCAGAAGCUGUCAGCGACCAAGUAAGUGGGCUGGGAGUUGGGACAUUCGAUGGGGCUCUGAUGUGCCUCUCAGCUCACUUCUCCCUGUGCCGGCAUCAGUGAGGACCUGUGGGCACAACUACAGGUUCAGGCUAUUGCAGCUAAGAGAGCUGUAGAAUCAUUGUUAUGGAGCUAUGGUUGCACGUCAAGUAUGCGUUUCUUUCCAUUUUUCUCAUAACUAAAUGUGCACAGCACAUCCAUUCCAUCUCAAAACGGAGCAGAAUCAAGUAGAUUCUUGCACGGCUCUUGCCAACAAGUCGCACUAUUACAAGGCCUCUAUUACCCGAAAGCAGCUCGCUUUUAAUACCCUCGCUAGUACUCAGCGACUGAAAGCUUAUCUUCGUAUCAGAGAAUAUGGAGGCAACCCCUCACACGUACUGCUUCGAAGAUCCAACUUUUGUCAAUGAAGUUCCAUAGAAUUCAUUACUGGAAAGUGCAUUUAAACCAAAGCCCAUUAUAGCACUAGCUAUGCAGUAGGCACAGUUAAAGAAGCUGUUCUUCUCAUCAGAGACCAUCGAGGCAGCCCCCCGUAUUCCUCAUUAUGACCGCCCGACUCUCCAACAACCGCAGUGCGUCACAGUUCAUCAAAAUUAAGCGUCGCCAUAGUAGUUGCAGAGAUUAAUGGAGGGCAAGUGCGAGACUGGUAAGUCUCGUCCUCAGCGCUAUCACCAGCUCGCCCACAAACAUGCAUUGAAUGCUUCUUAAAGAUCUCCUCAAACUUUAAUGUCUCCUCAGCCUUCAAGCACUCGUGUAUUUAUCGUGACAGAGAACUUGUACUUCUCGUAAUUAAGUCUGCCAAUUUGGUCCCGUGGAAAGAGCAAAUAUGGCAAAGAGUGGCAACAGUGCUGUGGGGGCUGUGCUGGCUUUGGCCCUCUUCCUCUUGCGACCCAUCGGCGGGAAUGCACAGGCGUCCUCCGCGCUCGUGCCGGCCAUUAUAACCUUCGGCGACUCCACUGUCGAUGUGGGCAACAAUGACUACCUCAAGACCAUCUUCAAGGCGGACUUCCCUCCCUAUGGGAGGGACUUUAAGAACCAUAAGCCCACCGGGAGGUUCUGCAAUGGGAAGUUGGCUACAGACAUCACCGCUGACACCCUGGGAUUUUCCAGCUACCCAUCUGCUUAUCUUAGCCCAGAAGCAUCAGGAAAGAACCUUCUUAUCGGAACCAAUUUUGCUUCUGCUGCGUCUGGUUAUUACGAUGACACUGCUUACUUAUACCAUGCCAUUCCCUUGUCUCAGCAGUUGGAGUUCUACAAGGAGUACCAACACAAGCUUUCUCGAGUGGCUGGAACCAGUAAGGCAUCGUCCAUCAUCUCCGGUGCUCUCUACAUAGUGAGCAGUGGAGCCAGCGACUUCGUGCAGAACUACUACAUCAACCCUCAUCUUUACGAGACCCGAUCACCGGAUCAGUUCUCCUCGUUCCUUGUGCACAUCUUCUGCAACUUCGUUAAGGAUCUCUAUGGCCUAGGUGCUCGAAAGAUUGGAGUGACUUCCUUGCCACCACUGGGUUGCCUUCCUGCGUCCAUCACGCUCUUCGGACAUGGCAGCAACGAAUGCGUGAGGCGACUCAACUCCGACGCACAGAACUUCAACAGGAAGCUCAAUACCGCAGCAGACUCGUUGGCGAAGCAGCUGCCUAACCUUAAGAUUGCCAUCUUCGACAUCUAUAAGCCUCUACAUGAUCUUGCCACCAAGCCUUCCGACUUCGGAUUCUUCGAGGCCAGGAGAGGCUGCUGCGGGACAGGAACAGUGGAGACGACAUCGUUUCUGUGCAAUCCGCAUUCGGUCGGGACAUGCGCCAAUGCCACUGGCUAUGUGUUUUGGGACAGCGUCCAUCCAUCGGAAUCGGCAAACCAAGUGCUUGCCGAUUCCCUCAUUGCUCAGGGCAUCAACCUUAUUCUGUGAGGGAAGGGAGGGUGAGAGAUGCAGCAGUCCAUGUGUGUGUGUGUGUGUGUUCUGUUUCAGUAGCUUGUGUCGAGGAAAAAUAAGAUGUUCUGCUGAGAAACAAAUCUAUGACUGGUGGAGUUGUGAGAUGUUCAUUAAAAGGUCAAUGGUGAGCUUGAAUAAGCUUGUGAUUGUUAUGAGAAGAGAAUUAAUAUAGUGCUCUGUUUCUCACAUGUGCACUUUGUGUAGAUGAACUGCUUGCAGUGACUUGGAUGCAAUGAUAUCUACUGUUUCUGGAAGAGCAAGCAUGCAAAAAGCAAGAAGGAUUGCAGAUGAGUUUCUGAAACCCGAUCGGAUUCUGUUGUUUCCAGCUAAAGCUGUUCUGUUAGAGGAUAAUGGAAGAUGAGUUUAAUUGAGUAAUGAUAAUUUUGUUUGUAAGAGAGUUGAGAAUACUGAAAGCUAGAUUUUAGUCAAGCAGAUAAGAUUCUUCUUUUUGUUCCUACUCCUACUGAUGUUUGGGUACCAAAUGGUUGGUAUCAACUAUAGCUGAUG